AUCGUGGGUAUUUUGGGAAUGGCCCGGAUGGGAGUGGGAGGAGAAAGUGGGGAAAGAGGGUGGCCGAGUAGGUGGUGCUCUUCCGCAUGGCUUCGCGGCCGCUGGGGCCUCAUCGUCCCCCCGAGCCUGAGGCUAUGACCAUCGCUCCUCGCCGGCCAGAGAUGGCUGAAGACAAGGAAGCCUCUGUUGUUGAGGGGAAUGGUCCAGCCACAGGUCACAUUAUCUCCACUACCAUCGUAGGAAAGAAUGGCGAAUCCAAGAGAACCAUCAGUUACAUGGCAGAGCGUGUUGUGGGUACUGGGUCAUUUGGAAUUGUCUUUCAGGCUAAAUGCUUAGAAACAGGGGAGACUGUUGCUAUAAAAAAGGUCUUGCAGGACAGGCGAUAUAAAAACCGUGAGCUACAACUGAUGCGCUCAAUGGAUCAUCCAAAUUUGAUUUCUCUGAAGCACUGUUUCUUUUCCACCACAAACAGAGAUGAACUGUUUCUCAACCUGGUCAUGGAAUAUAUCCCUGAAACUCUAUUCCGUGCCCUGAAGCAUUAUAGCAAUGUGAACCAGAGGAUGCCACUCAUCUAUGUGAAACUUUAUAUGUAUCAGAUAUUUAGGGGUUUAGCAUACAUUCAUACUGUUCCAGGAGUUUGUCAUAGAGAUGUGAAGCCACAGAAUCUUCUGGUUGAUCCUCUUACUCAUCAAGUCAAGCUCUGUGAUUUUGGAAGUGCCAAAGUUCUGGUUAAGGGUGAAGCAAACAUAUCAUACAUCUGCUCUCGCUAUUACCGUGCUCCAGAGCUCAUAUUUGGUGCAACAGAAUAUACAACAUCUAUUGAUAUAUGGUCAGCAGGAUGUGUACUUGCUGAGUUGCUUCUUGGCCAGCCAUUAUUUCCUGGAGAAAGUGCUGUUGAUCAGCUUGUUGAGAUAAUCAAGGUUCUUGGUACUCCAACUCGGGAGGAAAUUCGAUGCAUGAAUCCUAACUAUACAGAAUUUAGGUUUCCACAGAUAAAAGCUCAUCCUUGGCACAAGGUUUUCCACAAGGGAAUGCCUCCAGAAGCUAUAGAUCUUGCAUCACGUCUUCUUCAAUAUUCACCAAGCCUUCGUUGCACUGCACUUGAGGCUUGUGCCCAUCCUUUCUUUGAUGAGCUACGAGAGCCCAAUGCGCGGUUGCCAAAUGGUCAUCCUUUUCCUCCUCUCUUCAACUUCAAACAAGAACUAGUAGGUGCUUCACCGGAGCUCAUCAACAAGCUGAUACCUGAGCACGUGAGGCGGCUAUAUGGUCUUAACAUUACACGCCCAGCUGGGACAUAAGGCAGUAACUAGUUACUGCACUUUCAGAUGAAUUGCAAUCAAAUGCGCGCGGGGGCAUUCAGGGUUUGAACAAAAAUGAUGAAUGCUGAAAGAGUGAGCUGCUGGUCGAUUAACCGAUGUGUGCCUCAACCCUACCAAUAUUGCAGCCUUGUAAAUUGUCUUGACUGUUGAGAUUAACGUGACUGUGAGGAAAUGCUGAUGCCGAGUGUUCAGCAAACGGCAAGAAGUGUUGCUGGAGGAAUUCUACUUGUGUUACUGAAGCAGAUGUUCCGUGGGCCCCGUUCCCUGUCUUUUCUUUGUUUUCCGGUAUAUUAGUAGUCUAAGUUGGACGCCCCUUGAAGCUGUGUGUAAAUGUUCUCGGUCAGGAGUGUCGCUUUGAAGCUGGAAAAUAGAAUUUUGGUCGUGUCGCUGGUUCUAACACAACGGAAAUCCUAGGUGUAUUUUUUUUU